CUUCGUCUCCGUCUCCGCCUCCAUCCAGUUUUUCACUCGUAUAUCAACAAUCACACCACCGCAGCCCGCACUGCACACACACACGACACAUGGCAAAAAUACGCGGGCCCCCUGCGGAACAGCACUUCUGAAGGCGGCGGCUGUGUUCAGUUCUAGUGGAACCUCCGUUUGGAGAGCACGCGAUUCCCCAUUUCCAAACCGAAGCGAUCCUUCCUUGCUGGCAACUGUCCACCCGACUCCUUCUCCAUUCUCAAGAUGUCCCUUGUGCGAUUGAUCGGCGCUGAGGCCCGCCAGAUGGCGAAGAGGACGUACUCCUCCGCCGCUCCAACCACCAAGCUCUUCAUCGACGGCAAGUUCGUGGAGUCCAAGACGAAGGAGUGGAUCGAUGUGCACGAUCCGGCCACCAACAAGGUGGUGACCCGCGUGCCGAAGGCCACCCAGGAUGAGAUGCAGACGGCGCUGGAGUCGAACAAGAAGGCCUUCCGGUCGUGGAGCAAUCAGUCCAUACUGACCCGUCAGCAGGUGAUGUUCAAGCUGCAGGCCCUGAUCAAGGAGAACAUGGGCGAGCUGGCCAAGAACAUAACCAAGGAGCAGGGCAAGACCCUGGCCGAUGCCGAGGGCGAUGUCCUGCGCGGCCUCCAGGUGGUGGAGCACUGCUGCAGCAUCCCAUCGCUGCAGAUGGGCGAGACGGUGGCGAAUGUUGCCCGCGACAUGGACACCUAUUCGCUGGUUUUGCCCCUCGGUGUCACCGCCGGCGUGGCUCCCUUCAACUUCCCGGCCAUGAUUCCGCUGUGGAUGUUCCCCGUGGCCAUUACCACCGGCAACACCAUGCUGCUGAAGCCUUCGGAGCGCGUGCCCGGCGCCACAAUGAUGCUGAUGGAGCUGCUGAACGAGGCUGGGUGCCCGCCCGGCGUGGUGAACGUCAUCCAUGGCCAGCACGAUGCCGUCAACUUCAUUUGCGAUGCGCCCGAGAUCAAGGCCGUGUCCUUUGUGGGCUCCGACCAGGCCGGCAAGUACAUCUACGAGCGGGCCGGCAAGAACGGCAAGCGAGUGCAGUCGAACAUGGGGGCCAAGAACCACGGCAUUAUUCUGGCCGAUGCCAACAAGGAGAACACGCUGAACCAGUUGGCCGGCGCCGCCUUCGGUGCUGCCGGUCAGCGGUGCAUGGCUCUGUCCACGGCCGUCUUUGUGGGCGACGCCCAGGGCUGGAUCCCCGAUCUGGUGGACCGUGCCCAGAAGCUGAAGGUGAACGCCGGCCAUGUGCCCGGCACCGAUGUGGGACCCGUGAUCAGCGCCGCCUCCCGCCAGCGCAUCAACGAUCUGAUCGAGUCCGGCGUGAAGGAGGGCGCUAAGCUCAUCCUCGACGGACGCAAGAUCAGUGUGCCCGGCUACGAGGAUGGCUACUUUGUGGGCCCCACCAUUCUGAGCGACGUCACGCCCAGCAUGAAGUGCUACACCGAGGAAAUCUUCGGCCCCGUCCUGGUGAUCCUCAAGGCCGACACCUUGGACGCUGCCAUCGACAUUGUUAACGCCAAUCCCUAUGGCAACGGCACCGCCGUCUUCACCACCAAUGGCGCCGCUGCCCGCAAGUUCGUCAACGAGAUCGAUGCCGGCCAGGUGGGCGUCAAUGUACCCAUUCCGGUACCCCUGCCCAUGUUCUCCUUCACCGGCACGCGCGGCUCUUUCCGCGGCGACCAUCACUUCUACGGCAAGCAGGGCAUCAAGUUCUAUACCCAGACCAAGACCGUUACCCAGCUGUGGCGCGAGACGGACGUGACCCACACCCAGGCGGCCGUGGCCAUGCCCACCAUGAAGUAGGCGCUGCUCCGUGAUCCAUGAUCCAUGAUCCAAGAUCCGUGUCGAGCUGGAUAUAUGUAUAUGUAUGCACAGGACGUAUUUGGAAGCUAGAUAGAGAAGGAAUUAUUGCAUUUAUUUUUGUGCCUGUUUAGAUUUAAGACGAAGCGCUAUGUUGGAGACCAGCAAGAGGAGCUUGAAAAACUAUAAUGAUAAUAAAAUGUUUGAAACAGUGAA